CGCAGGCGCAGCUUCGGCCACGGUCGUCCCCUCUACCUGGGCCAGCCGGGCAAGCAGGCGAGAGAGGCCCCGGAAACAUGGGUGACUGGGGCUUCCUGGAGAAGCUGCUAGACCAGGUCCAGGAGCACUCGACCGUGGUGGGCAAGAUCUGGUUAACGGUGCUCUUCAUCUUCCGAAUCCUCAUCCUGGGCCUGGCUGGUGAGUCGGUGUGGGGCGACGAGCAGUCUGAUUUCGAAUGUAACACAGCCCAGCCAGGCUGCACCAAUGUGUGCUAUGACCAGGCUUUCCCCAUCUCCCACAUCCGAUACUGGGUGCUGCAGUUCCUCUUCGUGAGCACACCCACCCUGAUCUACCUGGGCCACGUCAUUUACCUGUCUCGGCGGGAAGAACGGUUGCGGCAGAAAGAGGGAGAGCUUCGGGCACUGCCAUCCAAGGACCCUCAUGUAGAGCGGGCACUAGCAGCCAUAGAACAUCAGAUGGCCAAGAUCUCGGUGGCAGAGGACGGUCGUCUUCGCAUUCGAGGGGCGCUCAUGGGUACCUACGUGAUCAGUGUGCUGUGUAAGAGUGUGCUGGAGGCAGGCUUCCUCUAUGGCCAGUGGCGUCUCUACGGCUGGACCAUGGAGCCGGUGUUUGUGUGCCAGCGUGCGCCCUGCCCCCACGUCGUGGACUGCUACGUCUCUCGACCCACCGAGAAGACCAUCUUCAUCAUUUUCAUGUUGGUGGUAGGGGUCAUCUCCUUGGUGCUCAACCUACUGGAGCUGGUGCACCUGUUGUGCCGCUGUGUCAGCCGGGAGAUAAAGGCACGGAGGGACCAUGACACCCGCCCGGCUCAGGGCAGUGCCUCAGACCCUUACCCUGAACAGGUUUUCUUCUACCUCCCCAUGGGCGAGGGACCCUCGUCCCCACCGUGUCCCACCUACAAUGGGCUCUCAUCCACUGAGCAAAACUGGGCCAAUUUGACCACCGAGGAGAGACUGACCUCUACCAGACCUCCCCCAUUUGUAAAUGCAGCCCCCCAGGGUGGCCAGAAGUCCUCUAGCCGCCCCAACAGCUCUGCAUCCAAGAAGCAGUAUGUAUAGGGCUCUGGGGCUUCUGUCACUCCACAGGCUAUCCUGAGGAGUGUGUAGUACCUUGAAUGCCUCUCGGGCGGUCCACUCCUCAAAGGCACUUGAGAGACAACUGGGCCUGGAAGGUGGACAUUCGCUGGGCAGAAGACCUGAUCACAGGUGGUUCUGGAAUACCCUGAGCCUUAGUGAUGACCAAAGGACACUGGCUUCUUUCCAGAAUGUGACCCUACCAGCCUCGGUGACAGCAGGUGGGGUGCUCUUGGCUAAGUGUGCUGUGAACUCUCUGAUCCUUUUCGCCUGAUGCAGAGGGAUCCCGAGCCAAGUCGACUUCAGGUUUCCAUCACACCCCACUUCUCCUGGGAGAAGGCACUGAUGUAGGCUGCUGGCUCAGCUUCGUCACCAGGACAGACACAGCCUGCCUGCGCUGGAUCUGGCCCUUUCCAGGGGAGCUGGUUGGUGUCUUGUUUCCCUCACUCCUAGUUCCACUGUUUAUGAUCCUAAAAUAAACGGGACUCCAUCAUAA